AUGUCCCUUCUCACCCCUCCCAACUCGUCCCAUAGAGCUGACAAGGAGAAAGAGAACAAAUAUCCAGCGCCAGUCGCUGGGCCAUCGACGCGCUCGGUGGUAUGGGCACCCCAAAAUUCGAUACACUGCCUGGGCACACCUCCAAAGUCUACAGCCAUCUCCUCGCGACACCGUCCGAAUGCUUCUAAAUCCAUUCUCAAGAAGUCGUCGAAAAUCAACAUGCUUGAGCUGCCAGCAGCUCCCAAGCCGCGCGACGUCACUCCAGAACCCUCCGACCCUCUCGUAGACCUAAAUUAUCUCGCCCACCCGGUGAACCUCAUACUGUCCAACGGAGGCCCUGACCAAACAGAAUCUCUAGCCGACCUCAUUACGGGAUACAACAUCCUGGCGGCACGACUUCGAAGUGGUGUCUCAGACGUUACGGAUGGAGAUGCGUCGUGGCCCUUGUUCCAACCCCUACGGAAGAAUGCUCAGCAGUUUGUAGAUGCUGUAGUACGUGAUAUUGGUCGGGCACUAGUAGACCCACUACUACUCAUGGCCAGCUCAAGGGACGAAUGUGCCAUGGAAGUCCCAAAAUUCACCCUGCCAUCACCGCGAAAGAGCCCGACGAAAAAGAAGGGCGGCAUGACGGAAGAACAAGUCAAGUACGCAAGAGAUUUGUGCACGACCUCUCAUUCAGUUAUAAAGCUACUUGCUUUUAUUCUCGCUACUCCUGCUGUCUAUAAUGUAUUCCAAGAGAAACAACUCCGUCAGAUCUUGACAGCCAUCUUAGCCAUUCCAUUGGCAGAUGAGAUACCAACACCCAACGCGCGUAAAACCUGCGCACUUGCCAUUUGGCUCAUCCAAACACAACGUUUGCCUGCCAGCGUGCUUCAACCGGCUGCUGACAGAAUCGCAUAUGCGAUCCGUCGUGGAAUAGACGGCGAACUUGGAAAAGAGGGCAAGAAAGGCUCUGCCAGCGAUGGCUUGAAGGCUGUUCAUGAUCUAUGCGUAUAUUUACCUGCUGUUUUCAUUCCUGCAUUUACACCAUUACUACCUUCGGUAUUGUCGAAUUUACUCGCCAAUACUCUCACCCUCCGCACUCAAGCGUGCCAUGCCCUCGGCGGAUUCGUUAUUGGAUCGACAUCGCCUUCAGUGCCACACUCUGUCACGCACACCAAAAUCGCCGAAAUGGUCGCUGCAUUCCUCACCACUGUCACGUCUCCAAAUCCCAAAUCGCCGUCAAAGGCACAAGAAGCCAUGAUCGUCAGGACACUGCGCACAACGAUAAACGCAACCGAGCCUGCGCACGUUGCGCAGGGUCCUGUCUGGGCCGUGUGCGUCCUCGCUAGUUUCGUCGCGCUGCUACGCUCGAAACUAUGUGCAGAUGCGAAAGUGAAUCGGAUCGUUUCUGCGUUGCUGAGUCUUGCGCUCCGACAUAAGAAGAGCUCUGUGCGUGCACUGGUGUGCAUCGCGUGGCGAACAGUGACGUGGUCGUACUUCCAGCCGCCGUUGAUUGCAGACACGGAGGAAGGAGAGGAGGAGGUGAUAAAAGAGGACGAAGAGAUAGCAGCUGAGAGAGAAAUGCUAGAUCAUGUAAAAAAGGUGCAUUGUAAAGUGAUGAUGACCGUGGUGGACAUGCAGGCGGGGAUUUCGACGAUCGCUGCGCUUCUCGGGGAGGACACGGAAAAGCUAGACGAUGCCCACCGCGACCCCGAUGAACCUCUCCGCCUCUCGCUCGACAUUCUCAAUACAAUGACGCUCCGAGGCGGGCACCCAUGUAUAGACGCGAUCGACGCGCUGAGGCAUAUCACGUCAAUCACACGUUCGGGCCAUGAAGUGCCGGCAGACUGGGAUUUGGCGCUGUUGUUGCCCCGCGGUUUGUUCGCUGCCAAUCCGGGGUUGCUGACAGCCGAGUUUAAGAGUUUGGGUGCGGCUGUGAGGCCCCUAUAUGAUCAGGUUGCACAGACGGGGGAUGUGAGGCUAUUGACAAGGGAAGAAAUAUCGAGAGACUGGGUGUGUGAGGGCUUGUUGAAGAGUUGGAGAAAUGUCAUUAGGCAGCUGGAGAUGUUUGAUGAGGUUCAUUCUGCUCCUGAAAAUCUCGUGGAGAUUUGGACAAAUGUGUUGGAAGCGAACGUUAGCCUUCUGCAAGAAAGCGACGACGACGCGACCAUCAGCAAUUUUGCGACCAAAGCUGUCAAAUAUCUCAUUGAAAUUGCACAGGACCCUCAACUCGAUUUCAGACCCAAAAAGCCAACCGAACAGCAGACCGCCGCGGCCACUUUGGACUCUGACGACACCAUUCCCGACACGGGCAGCACGACGUGCACCAAUGCCGAGUUGCGUCUUCGGGUGAUAUACAGCCUUUGGAACGCGAUGAAAUCUGUGUUCCCCGUUGGACUUCUUUCACAGGCGGGUGAAGAGCUUCUCGAGGCGUUUGUAUGGGGUCAAAAUUCGCUCGUGCCGGAGAUCGCGCGUAUGACUACAAGCCAAACAGAGGAAGGGGAAGAGCUGGGCGAGCGCGCGCGAGAGGCGUGGGUGGGUAUGUGUGUGGAAGUGCUGACUGUGUGUGAAGUGGAAGCGUUCAAGAUGUUCUGGGGAGUGGAGACUGAGGAGGAUGUGAGGCAGGGCAAGGAGAUGAAUAACUGGAUUUGGAAUAGGGAUUUCUCUAGGGCUGCUUGGAGAAGUGCUACGAAGAGGUGGAUGGAAAACAAGGGUGGCUGGGAGGCGUGUGUCGUUUUACUUGGGUUGCCGUUCAGUGAUCGCCAUUGCUGGAAUGUCAUCGGAGCUGAUUAUGACCUCUGGGAACAGUUGCUCGAAUACACUACAGAUAAGGCGCUCGACGACGCCGACCUCGACACCGCAAGUGUACUCGACAAAGUCGCCAGCUUCGUCUCGCAUUUCCAAACACCCGGUUUAUACUCUGCACCCUCCACGCGCCUUGUCGACUUGCUCAUUUCACAUCUCGAACCAUCCAAAUGGCAUGACUUGCCUUUACAGGUCCUCGAGCUGGCGUCGUCGACGAUGCGCGCGACCUACCCACCCGAACCGCGCGUCAAGGGCGUGUCGAUGUGGAUGGCGCGUUCAUUGGCAAAUUUGAUUGAGAACUGCCCGACGCAAUUUUGCUUGAGGCUGAUGGAGGUGCUGGAUGAAGGGUUGUGUUUAUGGCUGGCAGAUGAGUGUGAGGUGUGGUCGGAUCAUGAGCUUACUUAUGAUAUCAUCCCUCUGUAUCAGCACAUUCUCGUCAGGAUUCAAGUCCUUCCCGAGUCAAUGGAGAACCUAGACAAAUUGAGCAACAUCCUCGACUCGAUAUUCCUGAACAAAGUGCACGCCGUUGCAGCCGAGUCGUUCUUGGACUACUGGAAGUUGACCUAUGCUCGCAUGAACGUCCCAGAAAGCGAGCUCCCCACUGCUAUCACACAUUGUCUGCAAGCCGUUGGUCUCCUAGCACCCCCUACACCUACCACUCCUGAGCCGACAGCGCCAACUGCACUCCCUCUUGCGGCUGCGUUUAUUCCUUCGUCUCCGCGUACGCCGAUUGCGGCAUCGUUCUCGACGCCCCCGACUGCCAUCAUCAAGCGCGAAGCUCUAUCCCGAGUAGCGUCCCCACAGCGGCCUCAUAAGGUGUUUGGAGCGUUCCCAAUUGUUCCUUCGACACCGAUGUCACCUAGUAGACGAAGGCGCUCGAGUGGUACGUCGUCGGAAGGUAUGAGGACGCCGUUGUCUGCGAUUCAGCUGUGUACAUCUCCUGCGAAGAGACGGAGGUUGAUGUCGGAUGGGGAUGAAAGCUCCAGGAAGAGCGACAAGGAGAAUAUGUUUAUGGAUAAGGGCAAUGUUCCUGUUGUCGCGUCCGUUACGGAACGCAUUGCGGAGUUGAAGCCCAAGGGGAAGAAGAGGAGACUGAGCGAUGAAGAGGAUGAUCCUGAUUACGUUCCUGAGUGCGCGCCGGCUUCGUCGACGGGAUCGGGUAAGAAGCUGAAGGGGAAGAUGAAGCCCAAGGGGAAGCCUGUGGCGAAGAAGGCGAGGAUACCGACGUCGCCUGUGCCUAGUGUGACUGGGAGUGUGAGCAGUAAUGAGAGCGAGGAUGAGCGUCGGUGGGUUGAGGCAGCUCUAAUUUCUGGGUCGGAUGUGCCUUUCCCCAAGAUGGGCAAUGUGGACGAUGAGAAAGAAGAGGCGAAGGAGGAGGUUGCGGAAAGAGACUUUGCGGUCAGGAAUCCGAUUGUGUAUGGAUCUGCGUCAAAAUCCAGGGCUACCACCGUUUGCCCGAGUGAUGAUGAAGCGUCUAGUUCGACAGCGGCGGAGUUGGCGACGCCCACUACCCCUACCAACAACACUCGUAAGAUCGACUUUACAAAGAUUCCAAGACGGGCUGCGAGCAAUCCUGGUCCACUGCUAGGCAGCUGCACGUUGAAGAAGAGGAAGCGACCUCAUUCUGCGGAUGGGAGUCUGGACUCUGAACAAAAGGAUUGCUACGGCUUGAGCUCGAUGAAGCCAUUACCUGCACUUGCACUCUCGAUGCCACCGCCCAAACCUCGCAAACUUCGGCCGAUAUUCAAAAUGUACACGUACCCUCUUUCUUCAGACUCUGAUCAUCCCGCUUCUUCCUGCAUGUCAUCCGAUGACGAUCCGCAUCUGGGACAAGUCACUCCGCACCAUAUUACAUCUCCAGAUUUCAUCCGCAAGGCACCUUUUGUGAACGUGUCAAUGGGGUCGAGCAAGAAGAUGUCGGCGAGCAAGGCAGCUAUUCUGAAAGAGCUGUUUGGGGAAGAGAGUCCGAGUCCGGAUUCAAAGCCAACUUAUCCAGGGAGCGAUGAUUCGAUUAUGUCUGAUGAGUCGCCGGUCAAGGGGGUGGUGAGCAGGCAAAAGUUGCAGAGGAUGGGGUCGGAUUCGUUGAUUGGUGGUUAUGGCAAGAGUAAAGCUUUCGUUUGGUGA